CAAAAGGAAAUUGGAAACUGACUUUGCUAUCUAUAACUGGACGAGAUAGAACAGUAGUAGAAUACUAGCCUCAUCAUGUCAAGCAAUGCUAUCACUAUUAUUCUCUUGUUUCUCAACAUCUCUUUGCUUCCAGCCAUCUCUGCCUUGAACCAAGAAGGCCUCUCUUUGCUUUCAUGGCUUUCAACAUUCAAUUCUUCUUCAUCUGCUGCUUUCUUCUCUUCAUGGAAUCCGUCCCACCAGAAUCCAUGCAGAUGGGAUUACAUAAAAUGUAGUGAUGGAUUUGUUAGUGAAAUCGCAAUAACCUCCAUCAAUCUCAGUAACAGUUUUCCCACCCAGAUCCUUUAUUUUCAGCAUCUUACUACUCUGGUCCUUUCACAUGGAAAUCUCACUGGAGAAAUUCCACCUUCGAUAGGAAACUUGUCAUCACUGGUCACCCUGAACCUUAGUUUUAAUGCUUUCACAGGAAAUAUCCCAGCUGAGAUUGGAAAGUUAGCUGACUUGCAGUCAUUGUCUCUGAAUACAAACUUUUUACAUGGUGGGAUUCCAAGGGAAAUUGGAAACUGUUCAAAGCUUCAGCAGCUUGAACUGUUUGAUAACCAUCUAUCUGGAAAGAUUCCUACAGAAAUAGGAAAAUUGGUGGCUCUGCAGAUUUUCCGGGCAGGUGGGAACUCAGGUAUCCAGGGUGAAAUCCCAAUGCAGAUAUCAAAUUGCAAACAACUUUCUUUUCUUGGUCUAGCAGAUACUGCUAUUUCAGGGCAACUUCCAAGUAAUAUAGGGGAACUGAAGAAUCUCAAAACUCUUUCAAUCUAUACAAGCAAUCUUAAUGGUCACAUCCCACCAGAAAUUGGUAAUUCUUCAGCUUUAGAGGACUUGUUUCUUUAUGGAAACCAACUUUCUGGUCAGAUUCCCGAAGAACUGGGUUUAUUGAAAAAUCUCAAGAGGGUGUUACUGUGGCAGAACCAGCUAAGCGGGAGAAUUCCAGAAUCUCUGGGCAACUGUUCGGGUAUGGCUGUCAUUGAUUUCUCAUUGAAUUAUCUAAGUGGUAAAGUUCCUUUGUCUCUUGCCAAUUUAGUUGCAUUGGAGGAGCUUCUUUUGUCUGGGAACAACAUUUCUGGUAAGAUACCUCCUUUUGCUGGCAACUUUUCGAGCCUAAAGCAACUGGAAUUAGAUAACAACAGAUUUUCCGGCGAGAUUCCACCAGCCAUUGGACAACUAAAGGAGCUUUCUCAGUUCUUUGCCUGGCAGAAUCAGCUUCAUGGAAGCAUACCAACUGAGCUAGCCAACUGUGAGAAACUUCAACAUUUGGAUCUUUCCCACAAUUUCCUUACUGGUUCUGUUCCGAGUUCUCUGUUCAAUUUGAAGAACUUGACCCAAUUGUUGUUGAUAUCAAACAGACUUUCAGAUGAAAUUCCACAAAAUAUUGGUAAUUGCACCAGCUUGACCCGUUUAAGGCUGGGAUCAAACAGCUUUAGCGGUCAUAUUCCAUCAGGAAUUGGGCUUUUACACAGUUUGAGCUUUCUUGAAUUGUCAGAAAAUCAAUUUACUGGAGAAAUUCCUCCUGACAUUGGCAACUGCACUCGUUUAGAAAUGGUAGAUUUGCGCGGAAAUAAGCUCCAAGGUACAAUUCCAGCGUCUUUUGAAUUUCUUGCUGGUCUUAACGUCCUCGACCUUUCAAUGAACAAUAUAGGAGGCACCAUUCCUCAGAAUUUGGGGAAGCUCACAUCCUUAAACAAAAUGGUAAUCAGUGGAAACUACAUAACAGGUUUUAUCCCAAAGUCACUAGGAAAUUGUAAGGAUUUGCAGUUGUUGGACAUUAGCAGAAAUAAAAUUGCUGGUUCUAUCCCAGAAGAGAUUGGUCGAUUGCAAGGACUGGAUAUACUCUUCAACUUGAGUUGGAAUGCUUUAACAGGACCUAUUCCAGAAAGCUUUUCAAAUCUCUCAAAACUGGCCAACUUAGACCUCUCUCACAACAUGCUAACUGGGAGCCUGAGGGUACUAGGUGGUCUUGACAAUCUUGUUUCUUUGGAUGUCUCAUACAAUAAUUUUUCAGGUAUCCUUCCAGAUACUAAGUUAUUCCAUGAUCUCCCCUCCGCCGCAUUUUCUGGCAAUCAAGAACUCUGCAUUAACAGAAGCGAGUGCCACUUGAGUGGAAAUCCCCAUGGCAAAAAAUCAACCAGAAAUCUCAUCAUGCGCACUCUUUUCAGUGUAGCUGUAACUAUUGUAGUAGUCAUUGUUGCUGUGUUUUUGUUUAUCAGAGUUCAUGGAGCCAAAAAUGAAGAUGAUUUUUUGGACUGGCAUUUUACCCCAUUCCAAAAGCUUAACUUCUCGGUGAAUGAUAUUUUGACGAGUCUGUCUGAUUCAAACAUCGUUGGAAAGGGUUGUUCGGGCAUGGUUUAUCGUGUUGAGACACCCACGAAGCAGGUUGUUGCAGUGAAGAAGCUAUGGCCAAUAAAAAAGGGUGAGUUUCCCGAGAGGGAUUUGUUUUCUGCAGAAGUUCAGACUCUUGGGUCAAUAAGGCAUAAAAAUAUAGUGAGGCUACUGGGAUGCUGUGAUAAUGGAAAAACUAGAUUACUCUUGUUUGAUUACAUCAGUAAUGGAAGUUUGGCUGGAUUACUGCAUGAGAACAGGGUAUUCUUGGACUGGGAUGCAAGAUAUAAGAUCAUACUGGGAGCUGCUCAAGGUUUAGCUUAUCUUCAUCAUGAUUGUAUUCCACCAAUAGUUCAUCGUGAUAUCAAAGCCAAUAACAUCUUGGUGGGACCACAGUUUGAACCUUUCUUGGCGGACUUUGGUCUGGCAAAGCUAGUUGAUGCUUCAGAAAGUCCGAGAGCUGCCAACAUAGUUGCAGGUUCUUACGGGUACAUCGCUCCUGAGUAUGGAUACAGCAUGAGGAUCACAGAGAAGAGUGAUGUGUACAGCUUUGGCGUGGUGCUCCUAGAGGUUUUAACAGGAAAGGAACCGACCGAUAACCAGAUUCCAGAUGGUGUCCACAUUAUUACUUGGAUUAACACGGAAAUUCGAGAAAGGAAAAAAGACUUCACAACCAUUCUUGACCAGCUGCUCCUCAUAAGAUCAAGUACACAAAUCCAAGAGAUGCUUCAAGUGCUCGGGGUGGCUCUCCUAUGUGUCAAUCCAUGUCCCGAGGAACGUCCCACUAUGAAAGAUGUAACAGCAAUGUUGAAAGAGAUCAGGCACGAGAAUGAGGAUUAUGAGAAACCAAAUCUCCUCGGAAAAGGAAUAGCAAACAACCCGGAGGCUGCAGUUCAUUGCUCUAGUUUCUCUAGAUCAUCUGAGCCUCUGAUUAGUUCACCUUCUUAGUUGCCAGUCUCCAAUCUUUGUGCAUUAGUUCAUUGGUAUUUUUUGUAACCGUCAUUUGUAUAGGUCUCAUAAUAUGUAGCACAACUAGGGCUCUCUAUCUACUUUACCGUUAACUCAACGGCUGCUUCAUUAAUUUGAAUGCAUUUCUCAGUAUUCUCAUA